UGCAUCGAAUAAGCUUAGCAAAAAUGGAGGUACAAACAGUCCAAACCAUUGCGUCCUUAUCUCAACAGAAAGACACCAUUCCGAUCGAGUUCAUCCGUUCCGAGAAAGAACAGCCUGCCAUCACUACGUUCCAUGGACCCGUCCCUGAAAUCCCAGUAAUCGAUCUGGUUGACUCGGAUCAUGAGAACCUUGUCCGUUCCAUUGCCAAUGCUAGCCAAGAGUGGGGCAUUUUCCAGGUUGUGAACCAUGGAAUCCCGGAGGACAUUAUAAGGAAACUGAAAGCCGCUGGAAAAGAGUUCUUUGAACUUCCUCAGGAAGAGAAGCUAGUGUAUGCCAGACCUGAUGGUGCACAGAGCAUCGAAGGGUACGGGACCAAACUACAGAGGGAUCUUGAAGGAAAGAAGUCAUGGGUUGAUCAUCUUUUCCACGUAAUCUGGCCGCCUUCCCGUAUCAACUACCAGUUCUGGCCAAAAACUCCACCUUCUUAUAGGGAGGUGAACGAGGAAUAUGCAAAGUACAUGAGAGGGGUGGGGAACAAGCUGUUUGAGUGCCUAUCCUUAGGGUUAGGGCUUGAAGGGCAUGUGCUGAAGGAGGCGGCCGGCGGGGAGAACAUUGGGUAUAUGCUUAAAAUAAAUUAUUAUCCACCGUGCCCUCGUCCUGAUCUCACACUUGGGGUUGUGGCCCACACUGAUCUUUCUACCAUGACUAUUCUUAUUCCUAACGAGGUCCCUGGCCUCCAAGUUUUUAAGGACGACCAUUGGUUUGAUGCCAAAUACAUCCCCGGUGCACUCAUCAUUCACAUUGGUGACCAGAUCGAGAUACUGAGCAACGGAAAGUACAAGAGCGUUUUGCACAGGACCACCGUGGCUAAAGACAGGACAAGGAUGUCGUGGCCUGUUUUCUUAGAACCCCCUGGAGACUUGGUGUUGGGCCCUCUCCCUCAGCUCCUUGACCAAGACAAUCCACCCAAUUACAAGUCCAGGAAGUUCAAGGAUUACAUCUACUGCAAACUCAACAAGAUUCCUCAGUAGUUUCUAUCUAAUCUAAGACUGCUAUAUAUGCCAGUCGAUUACAAAAUAAAAAGGUUUAUCCAAUUAAGAUAAAUGAUUUGGGACAAGUGACAGGUGUGAAAUUUUAUUGUCACAAUUGAGAUGUACAUGUUUGAGGGCUUAAGUGAAGAGUUAGAUAGUGAAUUUUGUGCGCUAAAAGAAGUGUGUUUCUUUUUAAGAAAAUAAAAAUUUGUUUAAUUUGUGCUUUAUGAAUAUAAAUUAAGGAAUAUU